AUGCUCAAGAGGACGUUAGCACGACCUCUUUUGAGGCCCUCCAGCCGGCCACUGGCUACUUGCCUGCUGUGCCAAUGGCGAACUUUUAUCACGACCUACCCUCGCCUCGAAAACCCCAAUCCGAACAAGGCGCCCAAUGCCGCGGCUUCAAACACGACCGAGAGCACCGUUUUGGGAGCAGCCACUUCGUCUGAGCCAAGCCCAUUGCGUGAUGCGCCACGGUCUUACGGCAGAAAGGUCGAGGAGUUCACGCCCAAGGUGUUGGCCCGGCCUAUAGGCCUGAACCACCCACCCAGCCCGGGCGAGAAUACAGGCGUCGAUCUCCGUUCUCUGAAGCAGCGGAGGGAUGACUUUGUCAAUUAUGACCUGCACCUAAAGAGACGCGAGCAGUUAAAAUCACAAAUGGCACGUCCAUACUUCCGCGACUGGACCAACCUGGCCCUUCACAAAGGCAAGACCUUCCUCGCUCCUCCACGACUCUUCAAGCACGACAAAUCCCUCUACUUCCCGAACCUGUUUGGCCACACGCUCCUCAAGAGCACGAGCCUAGCACGGGACACGACGCCUGUGCUCGCAGGCAAGGCUUCGGUCGUCGCCAUAUACAGUACCGAUUGGGCUCGCAGGCAGGCAGAUUCAUUCAUAGGGAAGAAGGAGAACCCUGCCCUGCACGAGAUCCUUGACAAGCACCAGGGAAGGGCGCAGCUCGUCCAGAUCAAUGUCGAGGACACCUCGUACCUGAAGUAUUGGAUGGUCCGCAUGUUUUCGGGGUCUUUACGGAAACAAGUAGGGAAGGAUAACUGGGACAAGUACUUCCUUGUCAGGAAAGGCAUCUCCGAUGAGAUCAAGGAGUCGAUCGGAUAUCUGAACAGCAAGGUCGGGUACACAUACCUGGUGGACGGGGACUGGAGAAUCCGCUGGGCGGGAAGCGGACCCGCUGAGCCCGACGAGAGGGACUUCCUGACAAAAGGCCUUGAGAGGCUCUUGGACGAGGCGGACAAGGGAGUCUGGUCUGGACUCAGGCCCGCGGAAAAGACAUCACCAGCAGAAGCGAGCGCAAAGAGUGCGAGCCGGUGGGCGUAA